AUGGCCUUUGACCGCGUCGGCAAAGUGCUUUUCGUGCUCGAUGUGCUCAUCGUCGUCUACAUUUUCUGGGCUACUGUUCAGAAAAAGGCCUCCUUUUCAUCUUCCGGAUGUGCCGGACCUCCCGCCUAUCGGACCGGGACGCUACUGCCAGACGGAUGGGUGCAAAUUGUCGGCAAAAACUUUUCCGUUUACUGGGGCCUCGUCAAAGAGCCGUACUACUACCCGGAUGCCGCCCUCGAGGUCAUCUACGGCGGCAUGGGGCUGACCAUCGGCCAUGAGCUGGCCCACACCUUCGAUAACAAUAUACUGGCCUACAACCGGUCGGUUCUCGUCGGCCCUGAGGACAAUCAACAGUAUGACGCACAAGUCGAGUGUAUCCAGCAUCAAUAUGAAAACGCGACCGUACCCUAUGAAUUCAGCAACGGCACCUUCUCGCAACCCGGGGAGCUCACGGAUGGCGAGGCGAUCGCCGACAACAUGGGCCUGCGCACGUCUUUUAGGGCCUAUCGUACGGAGCGCAAUCGGCUGUACGGCAAUGAUCCGCCCGCGCUCAAGGGGCUCGAGCAGUACACCCCCGAUCAGCUCUUCUAUGUAGCCGCCGGGCUGAUGCACUGCGCGCAUGAGGGCGACAACCAGCUGCGCGUGUUGCUCGCCGAUGUCCAUCCACCAGGCAAAAUUCGCAUGAAUGAGAUGAUGAGAAACUCGAAGCAGUUCUCGGAAGUAUUCAAGUGCCCGUUUACGGCGAGCGGCAUCAAGGGGCCAGUUGCGCAUAAGUUUAUUUCAUUCCAAGGCAAAUUUGGCACCGAGAAAACAAAAGCCGAAAUGAGCAUCGAGUAUUUCGACAGCCAGGGGAAAAUCAUCAAUACCGAUAAAUUUGAGGCGCACGGCGGGGAAGGGAAACUGACCCGAGAGAUCCGC